AGAACUAAGUAAAAGAAAGAAUUAGUAUUAAAUUAUUAAUACAAUAAGAAAGAGGUGGAAAUAAUGGGUGUUGAGGAAUCAUGAUGUGUAAUAAAAUGUAGUGUCUAAAGGACGUUCCUCCCAAAAACCAGCCGAUUCCUUUCACAACACCCAAACAUUGGAAACACGCGUCCAACACGUUCAGUUCAAACGCAGCCUCGACGUGUGCACAACACGUUCAUGACUAGCUCAAGUUCAUCUUCGAAACCGGUGAAAUUCGUCGAGAGUCGGCAUCGAUGUCCAGAAAUUCGUUUCGCCGAGGUAAACGUGUGCGUGCGUGUGUUGUGUAUGGUGCGAACAAAUUUGAAAUCGUACGGCAACAGAGUAGGACGCCUCGUCUGAGAGAAUUCGGACGAUCCGACAACGUUGUUGGGCAGUCUGCGCUCCGUUCAUUGAUCGGGCCCCCUCCACGGUCCCGCAUGUGCGCCCCUCCGCGUCCUCAGGACCAGCAGCCGGGGUAGUUCGCACUGUGCACCCUGUACAAACGGGCGUUGUUCACGACACGCACGUCGUCCAUCCUGCACACACUCACCACUCACACACAUUGUGGUGUCUGGUGUCUGGUGUCCGGCGUCCGGCACCGAGUUCCAAUUUUGCCUCGUGCAGUGGUUUUUUUGCAUGUGAACGGUUCCCAGAAAGCAGCCAAACUGUGGGGUGCGGGGGCAUUUUUUCUUCCUCCCCAAGGAAUGUACUAUCCGCACAUGGUCCAGACGGGCAUGACGACGCCGUUUGGAGCGGCGGCGGCGGCUGCGGCCGCACCUGCCGGAUUCCCGGCCGCCGCCCAAAACGGCGACGUGAAGCCGGAAGAGAAUAAGCCGCCGGCGGUCCCACUGCUACCUCCUCCAGCGGGGGCGGCCACGGCGGGUGCCGGUCCGCCUGCCUUCGCUCAUUCGCCGCCUCCGCCACAACCACCCGCCGCGGGCGAGCCGCCCCAAACAAUCGGGACCAGUCCCGCUCUGACACACACAAACCCGAACGCGUUCAAAGUGGAGCAGCAACCCUCACAGCAACAAAGUCAGAGCGGUGGCGGUGCUGGCGGCGGUGUCGUGGUGACGCAGCAAGAGCAGGAGAACGGGGCGGUGACAAUUCCCCAGCCUCCGUCUUCGGACGCGUCGACCGACGGUACGGCUACGGGGGCGGUCGCCUCGAUCGCAGACCCGGUCAAAAAUCCACCAAAGAGACUGCACGUCUCCAACAUUCCCUUUAGGUUCAGGGACCCGGAUCUCCGGGCCAUGUUUGGGCAAUUUGGCCCCAUUUUAGACGUAGAAAUUAUUUUUAAUGAAAGAGGAUCCAAGGGGUUCGGUUUUGUAACAUUCGCAAAUAGUGCUGAUGCGGAGCGAGCACGAGACCGACUACACGGCACCGUGGUUGAGGGAAGAAAAAUAGAGGUUAACAAUGCUACAGCCAGAGUACAAACUAAAAAGCCGGCAGCGCUUCCAGCAGUGCCAGUCCUGCAAUGGACGGACGCGACGAUAAGGGCGGGCGUGGCGGCACUGCAACGGGGCCGAGCUCGCACGGCGUAUCCGGCGACGGCGGCGGCGGCAGCUUUCGCCCGACAUCCGACACCGUUGGCGGGUGCCCUCCAGGGCUACACUCCGGUGCUGAACACGUUGCCGGUGGACGGCAGCCUCUACUACGACCCCUUCCUGGCUGCACAUGCUGCCGAUCCAAACUACAGACUGCAGGCGGCAGCCGCAGCAGCCACGCCACUACUAAAAACCCCUCUGUCGACUGCCCAACAGGCGAGCUACGCGGCCGCGGCGACGUACACGGCGGUCGCGGCGCGAUACGGGGCCGCCGCCGCCGCCGCCACUCAGCCAGUGGCCGGCUAUGCGGCGGUCGCGGCCGCCGGAUACGGACGCGACUACACGGAUCCCUAUCUGGGACACGGGAUUGGACCGAUGGCCGGUUACGGGGCCGCAGUGUAUCGUAGUGGUUACAACCGGUUCACGCCCUACUGAACAUAUCGCGCAGCUCCGUAAGGCCUACAAAUAAUACUCAACUAUUGUUAUUUGUCUUGUGUACGUAGCACAAUACAGCACAAAAGUAUAAAACAAAAACCAUAAUAACUUAAACAUUUAAUUAAUCGAUUAAAAUUUAAAACAGGAGCCAAAGAGCUGUUAACUCACUAACAUAAGCCCUUGUGAUAGCCCAUCUCUCUAACCCAGCUCUCUUACAAUGUUAAGAACAAAAACAAGUUAGCUAGUUAAGUCUUACAAUUAGUUCCGUAAGUCUUGAGCGGUUUCCAUUCACUUAUACGAGGGAAACUUAGCGACGCAACGCAACGCAACUAUUUCGUUCCAUCGACAAUAACACGUCACUGUUUUGGGAGUUUUCUUGGUUGCGUUGCGUCUCGCACACGCGACAUCCCGGGAACAAAAUCGUGAUUUUUAACGUGAUGCGAGAAUGUGCUUAUUAUUUGUUUUUUGGGGUUUGUUCCCGGGUUCGUUGCGACGAAUCGUUGGACCAUUCGAUUACUUAACUACUACGGUACGCAUAAAAAUUUGUGAGAUAGUCGGUAGGUUUUACAAACAAACUAGUGUUACGUACUCUCAUUUUUUCUCCCCGUUAAAUAUUAGUUGUGUUGUCGUGACCGUCUCUGAAUUAUUCUUUUUGUUACUUCAAGUCGGUUCGUUCGUUGUAUUGCUUCAUUUACUUUGUAUAUAAAUUUCAACUUCAGGUUAUGAUUAAAACAGUUUGCUGAAAUACGGUUUGUAAAUAAAUAUACGUGUAAAAAUAAUGCACACAUUAACUUCAAACAUCACAUUUAUUGAUUAUUAUGAACAGUAGUAGAAUACUUAAGAGACUCGGUGACGAAAAAAAAUGAACAAGUAAACUAGCUCGUAAUGUCUUAGUUAUUAAGGUUAACAAUUAUUUGACUGGUAGGAAUUAUAUUGUUAUACGUAUUACAUACGUUUAUGUAUAAAUAAUCUCUUAGUUUAGGUCCGAUAAUUAUUUAUAUGUUUAAUAAGUUUUUUUUUUUCAUUUUCGUUAUGUAUAAGUGCAAUGGAAACAAACAGUACUUUUUCUCUCUAUUGUGAUUGGCAAUUUACGGUGGACUCUCUAUUUAACAUUCGUUAUUUUACUGGAAAACAAUCAGUAAAGAAUCGAAUUAAUUUACUUGGCUUGUCUGUUGUAAGUUUACCGUAUACACACAAAAAUACCGUUAGAUUUAUAACCAAGCCAAAAACUACUCUCAUGGACUACGUGAAUCUCGGUGACAAUUAGAUAUAAUUUUGCUUUGCGGAUCGGAAAUAGAUAGAACAUGAUACUGUUUCAUUUUUCCUCGUGUUUAAUUUUUCAUUUAGCGUAUAUUUUGAUACUCUUGUUUUUUAGGCGGAUUAUUGUAAACCGCAUACAUAUCGACGAUAUUUCUCUAUUUAGCUCUCUAGAUAUGUACAGUUCAAUCAAAUCGAUUUUUUUUUUAAUAUUUGUGUAAUAUUAGGAUAUAUUUUCAUUCUUUAUUUGAACUAUAAUCUUCACCUAAGUUUUUGUAAAUUACCCCAGUGAAUACAUUUUUAUUUUAUCAGCGCACAUGAUUUUCUUGACACGUUGAUCAAUAUUAAUAAACAGAUGAAAAUAUAUCCUGUAAUUUAAAGCCAAUAUGUCUAGUCUAUGUAAAUAUCUCGACGUACAAACAACUCAUUCUCUUAUGGAAUAAUUUUUAGACAUUCUGUUAACUUGGUAUCAUCCCAUUUUUUUAUAUCAAUCUAGACUCAUUGAUACCAUGGUUAUAAAAAGAAUCAUAUAAAGGCACAAAUACAUGCUGUACAUUUUUAA